AUGAUUGAAGCAACAUCGUUCCGCGAUUUGAUUAGCAAAAGUAGUUUAAAUAGUAUUGGAAAGCGAGCUGCUUUUUGUCAAGCUGGUUGCACUGCUUGCUUAUGGGAAGGUGGUUCUACAGGUGGUUUGAACGGCUAUGUCACUUGCGAUGGUCGUGGUUGGGUUUAUCGCGAUUGUGGUGCCGGUACUAACUGUAAGAAAGCUGCGAAUUGUCAAGUUUAUUGUGGUUGA